AGUGAGCCUUCACAUAAACAACUCCGCAACCUUCUUGCCAUUCACACCGCCGCGCUCCGCAUUUCUUUCUUGCUUCCAUAGACGUGGUCAAACGGACAAAAAUCGUUUCUGUAGUCCACGUUGAGGUUUCUUCCACGGUAUCUUCUCUUCUUCAUCUUUUUUUUUUUAAACGACGUCUGUCGUGGUGUUGGGUGUAAGAGGGUUUUUUGUUUUUGUUUGUUUCACAACCCGUUGUUUUUCUCUUCCUUUCAAAUUCGCUGUUCGGCAGACAUGUCGCUCUCACCGGAGACGGUCCGCCUGCAGGAUGAGUGGAGCGCCACGUUGCAGCGCACCGUCCGCGACCUGGCCAAGAUGACGAACCAAGCCGCCAAGAGCUACGAGGCCUACGUCGGUGCGAUGGCGCGUGUGGGACAGCUCUAUGCGACCUGCGGGGAGCUGAUGGUGUCUGCCGGCACGCCGGCGCUGGCCAUGGCGCGGCCGGUGUCGGAGGCCCCGGAGGCGCGCGUCGUGACCGGGCACGUGAUGUCCUCCAUCGAGCACUGGUGGCGCUCCGCCGAGGAGAAGGCGUUCCUGGCUGCCCUCACCGCCACACGCGAGGAGUGGCUGCGCUGGCGGCAGGAGACGACGCGGACCCAUCAGCACAACAGAGCACGCACGGAUGUUCGGCAGCUCAUGGGAGAGGUCCACUCGAAGCUGGAGCUGGCCCGUAGCAAGGAUGCCUCGUCGCCUGGUGUGAAGAAUCUAGAGAACGAGCUGAGAGGUCUUCAAGAGGAGCUGGCGAAGCUGGACGAGCGAGUGCAGCGAGACAUGAGCAACAACGUCAAGCUCUUCAGCCGAAGUCUAUCGAAGCACGGCGUCCAACUGGAGGACGUCAUGGCGGCCAGCGGGUUCAACAUCACAUGCUGCUUCCAAACUUCUGAGGCGUUGAGGGCGGCCCAGUCACGCGCCAUGCGAGGCUCGGUGAAUCCCUCGGCCGCUGCUUUCCCGCUGACGGAGGGGAGUGUGUCGGUACGGCAGGUUUCGAACGACUUUUCCCUCGCGCCGUCAGAGAACUCGUAUGACGCGGUGACGCAAGCGGCAACCGUCAGACCUCCUCCAUGA